GUAAACAAUCCCAGCGACUGAAGCCAUAAUAUUUUUUAAUGAAGGACCACGAUUCUGCGUAAAUUAUUUCAUGCAUUAACGCAUUACUAAUUUGUGUGUGGUGUCAGUCAAAUAAUUUAUUAAAUUUUGUGAUUGUGUUCAUGAUACGUUCAUAUUUCGUCAAAUUGUAGUUGCUUUGUUCAUAAAUUCAUCAGACCAAAAUGCCUAGAGGAAAAUUUACCAACCACAAGGGUCGCAAUCGUAGGUUUACGAACCCCGAGGAAUUGGAAGAGGAAAGGAAGAAAGAAGAGCAGAAAAAAAGAUGGAGGCAACAGCAAGGAAUGAGCAGUAGUGAAGAAUCUGAAGACGAAGCUGCUGGAGAUAAAAAGAUCAGUGAAGGAUCCGAAUCGGGCAGCGAAUCUGAGGAAAGCAGCGAGGAUGAAGACGCCAAGGGCAAAGGGGUAUCUAAACUUAUCGAAAUAGAAAACCCAAACAGGGUACAAAAAAAAACGAAGAAACUGGCAACCCUCAACUCGACCGAUCUUGAUGCCAAGCCUACGUUGUCUAGGCGAGAGAGAGAAGAAAUUGAGAAGCAAAAAGCUCAGGCGCAUUACCAAAAAUUGCACGCUGAAGGUAAAACCGAUCAGGCUAGAGCUGACCUUGCCAGGUUAGCAAUCAUCAAGCAACAGAGGGAAGAUGCAAAAAAGAGAAGAGAAGCCGAACAGAAAGAGAAGGACACAGCUGCUAAAGAAAAAACUGCCCAAACUAGGAAAGCCUUAGGCAAAAAAUAGAAAUAGAAGUGAUCGAUUAUAAAAUAUAUAUAUGUAUUAUCACUAAUUGAAGUUCCCCAUAUAUUUGUUCAUAUUUCACCCCAAGAGGUCUUUUUCGAUAGUUUAAACGAAUCUACUGAAGGAAAAAAAAUGUUCAAAUUUCUACUCGUUUUGUAUUAAUAAACUGAUUGAUGCCAGUA